AAAAAUAAACCCAAAAGUCUCAUUAUAACCUUCAUACAUUUAUAAUCUGAAAUCUGAAUUAUUCACUCACCAAUGAAUUAUUUAGUAAUCAGUUAUUGAUAUUUGCUUAAUUGUAUGAAUUUUACUGGUUAACUGGAUGUUGAUGUAUCUUUUCCUACAUUCUCGUUAUUAACAUUUUUGUCUAUUUUAUUUAGUUUAACAUGAAGGAAAACUCUUUCUUAAUAAGCAUUGAUUCCUUAGGGAAAAAUCUUGCUGAAAAAAUAGUUAAUGAGUGCAAUAAUUCCAAUUAUUGGCAUAAAUUUAUAGUUAAGAAUGUUAUGUUACAUUAUGAAGAUGAUUUUAUACUCAGAACUAUUUUGAGUUUUCUUCAUCCAGUUCAACUAACACCAGUUAAUUUUACUAGAAGAAAGAAGACAGGUGCCAUUUUCCUGGCCAGUAACUGUGUAAAUGCUAUUAUGAAACUUGUUUUAAAUGAUUUGAAAAUUCCAAACCCGUUAAAUAAGAAAGCGUGUAUAGAACUAACGAUAAUAGCAAACUUCUGCCCACUUGAUACAUUUAAUGUCCAGUUAGCAGAUAAUGUUAGACGUAUUGUGCAAAAACGAUUUGGUAAUAAAGUGAUAAAUUUAAGAGAAUUUCAUAAUGACCCAGAACUGGAAGGAUUUUGUUCAUUGAAUGAUCCAAAAUCCCUUGCAUUUGUAAUGCAUUUUGUAAUAAAUCUAGAACCAAAGAAAAUGAUUCUUUCGAAAAACUCUAUUAAAGUAUUUAGUCCACUUACUUUAUUGGGAAAACAUAGCUUAAUUUCUAUUGACCUCCAAGAAAAUCAGGUCACUACUUUUGAAGACUUGCAACCUCUGAAACAUUUUCCAGCAUUAAGGGAGAUCAUUUUAGAAAAGAAUCCUAUAUGUGAAAAUGUUGACCAACUCAAAUAUGUGACGGGUAUAAAGAAGCUAUUUCCCAGAAUAAAGAUUAUAGAUGGUAUAGUUAUAAGUGAGAUGGACAAAGUUCCCUUGCCUAAAAAUAAUUUCCUAUGUUCACACAAUGCAGGAGAUCUAGCUGAACAAUUCCUAGAAUAUUAUUUUACAGUAUAUGACGAAUGUGACAGAUCAACGAUUUUUAAUCUCUAUCAUGAAAAUGCUAUGUUUUCUGUAUCUUGUAGAAUUAUUCCCGGGCAAGUUACCGAGAAAUCUUCAAGGUUAAAUCAUUACUUUGCCAUCAACAGAAGUUUGUAUUCCCGCUGUAAUGCAACUGGUCCAACGGAUACAUUCUUGUUUCGGGGUCGUAAAAAUAUUAUGCAAAUUUUUAAAGCAUUGCCACUAUCAUACCAUGACCCUUACAAAAUGAAGACUGAUGUUAUAUAUUACACGGAGAAACAUGCUGUUAUAGUUGUUGGUGGUGUUUUUCGAGAAGGGGCUCAAUAUUUUGGUUUCUCAAGAAAUUUUGUACUAGAAUGUGACUAUAAACAACAGUAUUGUAUAAUAAAUGAGCAGCUACAUGUGUACAAUGCAUUGAACGAUCAAGUUAAGAAUAGUUUUGAAAAACCACAAAGGAUAGAAUUCACUUGCCAACCCAUACCAUUUUUGCAAGAACAGUAUUGGCAACUGCAAGAGACUUUUCAGUUAAUUACUAAGUUAAAUAUGGAAUAUUCCAGAAGAUUAUUGGAAGAGUUUCAUUAUGAUUUAAAAACUUCGUUACUCAACUUUACAGAUCGCUUCAUUAAUAACAAAAUACCUAAGGAGGCUUUCAUCCAAAAUAAGAAUCUCAAACUGAAUAAAAAAGUUGAUAUUCCUCAUUCCAAUGAAUUCAUUUCAAAAACGAUUAAAUGCAAAGGCUUGUUGUCAAAACAAUCUGUCUGGCAAAUGUUAAGUGAUGAAAGAUUAGCUGUGAAGGCAAUUAAACAAGGACAGGAUGUUGAAGUUAGUCAAUUGAACGAUACUAAGAGCUUACAAUGGCGAUGAUUGUAGGUAAAAAUGUUUGCUACAUCAAAUACAUUAAAGGACAUGUAAUAUAUUUGAAU